CACAAAGUCAGCUUUCUAAUCAGCCAAACAAGUCACUAAUUAAGAUGGCAUUGUUUUGAUGAGAGGGCGUAAGUUUAGAACAUACGCCAAGGCCGGAGCGCGGGGUGUCGUACUCGUAUACGCUGUCGACAACCGACCAUCGCGGCCUACGCUCGCGACCGAGUCAUCCAUCAACCAACAAUACUUGCGCCAUCUCAUCCGCACACCUUGAGUCUGUUACGACUUUUCACUCGCACGCGUUACGCGACCCCAUCGCAUCCACCAUUAUCCCACUGCGAUCACUACCGACGCGCGCAAGUCCGCACGACAGCUUGGGCCCCUGCCCACCCAUGACCCACCAUGGGCCUCAUCAAGAAGAAGACUGCCGUCAGAACUACAGAGGGCGGCAUCAAAUACAUUUGCGACAUUUGUUCUGCCGACAUCACCGCGACCGUUCGCAUCAGAUGCGCCGACGAUGACUGCUCAAACUACGACUUGUGCGUACCCUGCUUCUCCGAAGGCAAAUCUUCCGGCAAACACGACCCGGCCACACAUGCCUUCCAGGUCAUAGAACAACAUUCAAUUCCCAUCUACGUCGAAGACUGGGGCGCCGACGAGGAGCUGCUCCUGCUCGAGGGCGCUGAAACCUACGGCUUGGGAUCAUGGGCCGACAUUGCGGAUCAUAUUGGAGGCUACCGAACAAAGGACGAAGUACGCGAGCACUAUAUCGAAACAUACAUAAACAGCUCGAAGUUCCCGCUACCGGAACGCGCCAGCCCCAAGGACACCACCCUGUCAGAAUCAAUUCCUAGAGACGAAUUUCAGGCUCGCAAGAAACGCAGGAUUGAAGAGCGAAAGGAGGCAGCCAAGAACCAGGCCAUCAUAGACUCGAAGCAGAAGCCGACUAGCAGUGUGCCUUCAUGCCAUGAAGUCCAAGGAUUUAUGCCCGGCCGUCUGGAAUUCGAGACAGAAUACUUCAACGAAGCCGAGGAAGCAGUUCAACAUAUGCAAUUCGAGCCCGGAGAUGGCAUCAAUCCUACCACUGGUGAACUUGAGCCCGAAAUGGAUCUCAAGAUUACUGUUAUGGAUAUCUACAACCACCGUCUUACCGCGCGUGUUGAGAGGAAAAAGGUUCUGUUCGAGCACAACUUACUCGAGUAUCGUAAAAAUACUGCAGUCGACAAGAAGAGGACUAAAGACGAGCGCGAUCUGAGCAACAAGAUGAAGCCUUUUGCACGCAUGAUGAAUCACUCCGACUUUGAAGCAUUCACGACGGGGAUAGAAUACGAACACAGCAUACGUCAAGCCAUUAAACAGCUACAGGACUGGCGCCGUAUGCAAAUCAGCGACCUGAAGACUGGCGAGAAGUACGAAGUCGAGAAGGCCGCACGACAGGCUCGAGCUGCAGCUACUGCGGACCGCUUCUCCUUACCCGGCAGAGUUCACAAACCAAGUGCCCAAGAGCCGCCGUCAGCGGCGUCGGCUUUGAUCGGACCGGAGUUACCACCAAAACCAAACACUACUACUGGCCUACAAACACCACCAGAGGCAACAUCACCGAACGCUACCAAUACCAACCCUCCACCAAGAUUCCCGUUACAAGCAAUCACGGGUGUGUCAAAGAUGGACCUACAUGGUAACAGCAGCCAGGAUGCACAUCUCUUGACCGAGAACGAGCAAGAAAUGUGCAGAGUCGUGCGCGUUCAACCAAAGGCAUACUUGGUCAUGAAAGAUGCGGUGCUGAAGGAAGCCCUUCGAUCGAAUGGUUGCCUGAAACGUAAGAACGUCAAGGAAAUCUGUAGGAUUGAUACAACCAAGGCUGGAAAAUUGUUCGACUUCUUCGUUUGGUCGGGGUGGAUUGCAAAAGGAUGAAGGAGGGGGGUUCGGGGCGAGGCUUGCUAUUUUUUGAUAAUACCCAACAACCAGAAUGAAUUACGAUAUUGCUGUAGAAUACCUAAGAACACACAGACUGGGCCUGCCAUCUAAGUUACCAGGCAUUCUUUAUGCUGACCUUGUGCUUGGGCCACGAUAAACUUGUGCCACAU